GUGGUUUGGGGGGUUGGGAGGACGCGGCGAUGAUAACAUCGAUGCAGACAAUCAAAGGGAUGUCAGACAAUGGCUCAAAUUCAAUUAAACAGAACUGCCUCUGUGGUCUUUAACUCGGUAUUGCGCCGAACUCCCCCGCUAAUGCACGGGUGGGACCCUUCUAAUCCACUGCUUAUUAAAUUAAGGAUGUUCAAGAGUGGAGAUGACGCUCCAGGCCGUGGCCCUGCUGCUUCCGCUCCCUCGGCGCUCUCGUUUUCCCCUCCCGCCUCCCGCUCUGCCCGCCCACUCCUUGACCUGCAGUUCCUUCCGAAUCCACGCUUUCUUGAGUCUCUUGCUCGCUUUCCCACCUUCGCCCUUUCUCUCUCCCCUUUCCUGCUGUCGAACCCUCGCUGUGCUCCCCUCCCUCUGCUUGCGCACUUCCUUCGCCUUGCCUUUCACACCCACGCAGGCCAUCGGGCCAUGCGGCGCAGACGUGCUCUUCUGGAGCAUCCAGAACCCGGUCCGGUCCUCGCCGCUCUCCUUCAUCUGGGAAGACUGUGAUCCAGCGGUCGGGGGGUUGAGGAGCGACCGGCUCCCCGGGAGGAGUUCACUGACCAGUGUGAAGGAGGGAUUUCUGCUGAAACAGACCAGUUCUUUCCAGAGGUGGAAGAAGCGCUACUUCAAACUGAGGGGCAGAAGGUUGUACUACGCCAAGGAUGCCAAGUCUCUCAUUUUUGAUGAAGUGGACCUUUCGGAUGCCAGCGUUGCCGAAUCGAGCACGAAGAAUGUCAACAACAGCUUCACGGUGAUCACUCCGUUCCGAAGGCUCAUCCUCUGCGCCGAGAACCGGAAAGAGAUGGAGGACUGGAUCGGCUCGCUCAAGUCUGUUCAGUCCAGGGAACAUUACGAGACGGCACAGUUUAAUGUGGAACAUUUCUCAGGGAUGCACAACUGGUACGCCUGCUCCCACGCCCGGCCCACCUUCUGCAACGUCUGCCGGGACAGCCUCUCGGGGGUCACCUCUCACGGCCUUUCCUGCGAAGUGUGCAAGUUUAAAGCGCACAAGAGAUGCGCAGUCAGGGCCACCAACAACUGCAAAUGGACAACGUUGGCCUCCAUCGGGAAGGACAUCAUCGAGGAUGAGGACGGGAUCGCCAUGCCCCACCAGUGGCUGGAAGGCAACUUGCCUGUUAGCGCCAAGUGUGCCGUGUGCGACAAGACAUGCGGAAGUGUGCUCCGGCUGCAGGACUGGCGCUGCCUCUGGUGCAAGGCCAUGGUGCACACGGCCUGCAUGGACCUGUAUCCGCGCAAGUGUCCCCUGGGCCAGUGCAAGGUGUCCAUCAUCCCUCCCACGGCGCUCAACAGCAUCGAUUCGGACGGCUUCUGGAAGGCGACUUGUCCCCCGUCCUGCGCCAGUCCUCUCUUGGUCUUUGUCAACUCCAAGAGCGGCGACAACCAAGGAGUGAAAUUCCUGCGGCGGUUCAAGCAGCUGCUCAACCCCGCGCAGGUCUUCGACCUGGUCAACGGCGGGCCGCACUUAGGGCUCCGCUUGUUCCAGAAGUUCGACAAUUUCAGAAUCCUCGUGUGCGGAGGAGACGGCAGCGUCGGGUGGGUCCUUUCUGAGAUCGACAAGCUGAACCUGCACAAACAGUGUCAGCUGGGAGUGCUGCCCCUGGGCACGGGGAACGACCUGGCGCGCGUCCUGGGCUGGGGGCCGUCCUGCGACGACGACACGCAGCUGCCCCAGAUUCUGGAGAAGCUGGAGAGAGCCAGUACCAAGAUGCUCGACAGAUGGAGCAUAAUGACUUACGAGAUCAAGAUACCCCCGAAACACAGCUGCCCCACCACGCCGGAGGAGUCGGAGGAGUGCCAGUUUCAGAUCUCGGCGUACGAGGAUUCGGUCGCCGCUCACCUCACCAAGAUCCUCAACUCGGACCAGCACUCGGUGGUCAUCUCUUCCGCCAAGGUUCUUUGCGAAACCGUGAAGGACUUCGUAGCCAAAGUGGGGAAGUACUAUGAAAAAGCCACGGAGAACACGGAAGAAGCAGAAGCCAUGUCGCUCAAGUGUGCCGUCCUCAACGAGAAGCUGGACUCGCUCCUGCAGACCCUCCAGAUGGAGUCUCGGGCCACGCCCCACCCGCCUCUCGCCACUCCGCCCAUAGUGGAGGAGGACGCGGAGGAGACGGAGGAGCGGGAGGAGGGCGAGGAGGACGAGGAGGACAAGGAGGAGGAGGAGGAGGAGGAGGAGUCCCUGACGGAGCUGAAAGAGAAGCUGGAGCAGAACGUGACGGAGAAGGGCUCCCCGCACAGGCUCUUCAGGCCCAGGGAGCAGCUGAUGCUGCGGGCCAACAGCCUGAAGAAGGCCGUGCGCCAGAUCAUCGAGCAGGCGGAGAAGGUGGUCGACGAGCAGAACGCUCACACGGAGGAGCGGCAGCAGGACCUCCCAUCGCCAGCGGACUUCCGGAAGGAGAGCGAGGAUGAAGGCAAGGACAGCGAGAAGGAUGAAGACACCAAGGAGCUGGAGUCGCAGUCCUCAGCGAAGACGACGCUGUGCUCUCCCACCGAGAGGCGUAUGAGUCGCAGCACCCAGUCCUGUGGUUCCUUCUCCAUCCCACCGUUCACCACCAGCAAAGAGAACCUACCCGUGCUCAACACGCGCAUCAUCUGCCCUGGUUUGCGCGCUGGCCUGGCGGCCUCCAUCGCUGGGAGCUCCAUCAUCAGCAAGAUGCUGCUGGCCAACAUCGACCCGUUCGGGGCCACGCCCUUUAUCGACCCAGACCUCGACCCGCUGGAAGGGUACCUGGAGAAGUGUGUCAUGAACAACUACUUUGGGAUCGGACUGGAUGCCAAGAUCUCCCUGGAGUUCAACAACAAGCGUGAGGAGCACCCUGAGAAGUGCAGGAGCCGGACCAAGAACAUGAUGUGGUACGGAGUUCUGGGAACCAAAGAGCUCCUUCAGAGAACUUACAAGAACCUGGAACAGAAGGUCCAGCUGGAGUGCGAUGGCCAGUACAUUCCCCUUCCCAGUCUCCAGGGAAUCGCAGUGCUGAACAUUCCCAGUUACGCUGGCGGGACUAACUUCUGGGGCGGAACCAAAGAGGAUGACAUCUUCUGUGCGCCCUCAUUUGAUGAUAAGAUCCUGGAGGUGGUGGCUGUGUUUGGGAGCAUGCAAAUGGCUGUGUCCAGGGUCAUCAAGCUGCAGCAUCACAGGAUUGCACAGUGCCGUUCGGUGAAGAUCACAAUCCUGGGGGAUGAGGGUGUGCCCAUCCAGGUGGACGGUGAGGCCUGGAUCCAGCCUCCAGGAGUUAUCAAGAUCCAGCAUAAGAAUCGUGCUCAGAUGCUGACAAGAGACAGGGCUUUCGAGAACACGCUGAAGUCCUGGGAAGACAAGCUGAAGUACGACAAGCCCCCCCUGCGGCCACACCUGUACACGCAGCACUCUGUCGACCUGGCGACUGAGGAGGAGGCGGCACUCGUCCAGAUGUGCGCCCGCGCUGCCGAGGAGCUCAUCACCAGGAUCUGUGAAGCAGCCAACACCAACGGGUUACUGGAACAGGAGCUGGCUCAUGCCGUCAACGCCUCAUCCCACGCCCUCAACAAGACGCAUCCCAAGUUCCCCGAGAGUCUGAGCAGGAACACGGCCAUCGAGGUGGCGAGCACCGUGAAGGCCCUACACAAUGAGACCGAGUCGCUGCUGGUGGGACGAGUGUCUCUGCAACUGGACCCCCCUCACGAAGAGCUGCUCUCCAGUGCUCUGCAGAGCGUGGAGGUGGAGCUCAGCAAGUUGGCGGAGAUCCCAUGGCUGUACCACGUUCUGCAGCCCAACGAUGAGGAGGACCCGUCCCUGGAUUACGGCAAGAGGAACAGUCGCAGCACCAUGUUCCGCAUCGUGCCGAAGUUCAAGAAAGAGAAGGCACCUAGGAAGGGCAACUCCCAGCCAGUUCAGAGGUGGGGCACUGAGGAGGUGGGAGCCUGGCUGGAGCAGCUCAGCCUUGGGGAGUACAAAGACAUCUUCACCCGGCACGACAUCCGCGGCUCCGAGCUCCUUCACCUGGAGAGGAGGGACCUGAAGGACCUGGGGAUAACGAAGGUGGGCCACAUGAAGAGAAUUCUCCAGGGAACUAAGGAGCUGGCCAAGACGGCCUUGGCGGACUUGUAGGCCCGACGGACCCCUCAUCCGACCCUGGAGGAAGAGUCCCGGGGAGCUCCGUUUUCUGCGAGGACUUGGUCCGGCGAGGCAGAGACAGUGGCGGGACCAAAGAGUUGUGUGAGGGAUGCUGGGACUUGGAUGUUCUCCGGAAGGUGCCGGUGCCGGUGCCAGGCGUGACAAACAGAAGGGGGGAGGGGAGAUUCUGAAACAUGAAUGAAUAUGUGGAACUAUUGAAAAAGCCAUUUCUAAUACGCUCCACACAUCAGCAGUCGGCUGAGACACGCAGCAAAGCAGGCGUCUGACCUCGCAGGAAACGAGUAGCAAAAGCGAACUUCCACGAAGCGUGCCGCGCGGGUACCGUGUUCGCCAAGGGACCGUUUCGCAUCCGUGUUGUCGAUGUCCGAACGGGGAAAGGGGAAGGGUGGCGUCGGGAAUGUCCUGCUUCUACUGACAUCCUGCAGCACUAUCAUUUACUCAGAAUGUCGGGGCGGAGGCGGUCGAGGCAUCCGAAUCGAAAUCCAACUCUUUCAGGGGUUUGGGACCACAAAACGCAACUUUAUAUCGAGGUCGCCAAAAAAAGUAACAGUCCAACUAAACUGCAUGGUGUGCCUGCUUGGUUUGGAUAUCUAUUUUAUUGCAUGGGUAUUGUCGGAUUUUUUUAACGUACACGAAUUACACGAACAAGUUUUAUAUCGAUUUGAUAUCGUUUGUUUCUACUGAAGUGUCCCUUUGCUCUGAAGUACCCUUAACUCCGACGUUCAGCAUGGACCGUCGUGCGUGAAGAAGCUGGUCUGUAGCAGUCACACGUGCCAUAUUUUCAAAGCUGUUUUAUCGUGCGGUGCGCUUUAUCGGUUCGAUAUCCUAGUGGCUUGUGUCAUCAAAUCUUGUUUUGAGGGAAAAAAGUGGGGGCUUGCGAGUCGUUAACAAGAAUUGCUGUGUUUUCUCUGCAGUAAUUAUGGGACACGAGAACCAAGGCGAACACCUCACCACUUUUGUUAUCGCUGCUUCCUCUUUGGCUGUUUGCAGAUUUCCUGUGCCAAAAUAGCACUCGAAAAACAAGAAGCGGUGGAGCCUCGUUAAGUCAACGCGUCACUUCCCGACAGCAGAAGUUCACUCCUUUUUUUUUUUGCAGGCUAUCGAAUGGACGUUUUCUUUUAAUUUCGUCAACCAAGAAAUCUGGACCAGACUGUUGGUGGUUUUAGGACCUGAAAUUCUAAAGCCGACGCAGGUUAUCAAAUUAUAGCUUUCGGAACAUCGUUCUUUACCAGGCAUAGAUAACCGUUUACCAAGUUGACACUACAAUACAGCCCAUGGUUCGUCCAACAUGUAUCGCGAUCAGUGAAUCCGUGCUUUUUUAUGACACCGUCCAGGUCCGAGAAGACAGUGAUUAUUCUGGUGACGGGACUCACACACACACACAUUUUUCAGAACCGCUAGUCCCUUACGGGGUCACGGGGAACCGGAGCCU